UUAAAAACCGAAAUGUCAAACUCAAGCCAUUGUAAAACAAAUUAUCGCAUCUUUGCAAUAAAUUUGUGAAUUUAUUACCGAAAAUGGCGAGUUAGUAGCGAAAUUUAUAGAGAUAUUUAAAAAUAAACACCGAACCAUGGAUUCGGACAUAACGGUGGAGGCGUUACCCCUCUUGGGGACCUGCAACUUGUGUUUGAACAUGGGUUCUGUGAAGAGUAUGAUAGUGGCGUACAAAAUUAAUGGAAAUAAAGAGCUUUAUACCGAAAUGCUGCUUGAUUGCUUCUCUAUCGAUACAUCAGUACUACAGCUCGGAGACACAAAGCGGGUGAUCUGUGAGCCGUGCGUGGAGCAGCUGCGCGCCUCGCUGCGGUUCCGCCAGCAGGUGGAGGCCUCCUUCAGGACCCUGGAGGCCAUGGCCACGCUGGAUGUGGUAAAGAAGGAGGAGAAGCUAGCUGCUGAUGGUGUUGAAGACGAGCUGACACAUGACUUAGAUGAUGCAGCCUGUGACGACUAUGAUGACUUGAAUGAACCAGAUAUAUUCUCGGACAUAAUCAUAAAGAAAGAAGAAGCCAACGAGGAACCCACGGCCAGAAGAACCAGAAAAAAACUCAUGACAACCACCAAAAAGAAGAAAACUAAAUUAAUGAAAUAUUCCUCGGGAUUGCCAGCUAAAAAGCUCAACGACUCAGCAGAGGUUGAGAAGCUGUUAAACUCUGGUUUAUUCCCAUUCAAAAUCCGCAAAAAUAAUACAUUUUCCUGCUCUGUUUGUUCAGAAAAAUUCCCGACACUAGACGAAACAAAGACACACACUUUAGACCACACUAAAAAGAUGAUCCACAUAGCAUUCAGAAAAAUGGUAUACUUCAACUCGCAAAGGUUUUACAAAUGCGGUGACAAGAUUCGAUGCAAAAUCUGCACAGCCGAUCUGACUAGCUACGACGAGUUGAAAUCACAUAUAGACAACUGUACUAGACUUCGUUUUACAACGAAAAGCAACUGGAAUAACCUGCCAUUUAAACUAGAGAAAGACCAACUAGACUGUCCUGUUUGUAAGAAGAAAUUUAUCAAUUUUGUCAGCCUAAAUACCCAUAUGAAUGUGCACUAUCCGAAUUAUAUUUGCGAAAAUUGCGGAAAAGCGUUCGCGUCUAAAGCCAGGUUACGAGGGCACAUACGCACCCACGAAAUAGGCGAGUUCCCUUGUAGAUACUGCGAUGCUGUGUUUGAUAAAGUCACUAAACGAGAGAACCACGUGUCAAAAGACCACAAAUCUGGUGUAAGGUACGCGUGUAAAAGGUGCAAUAUAGCUUUGUCUUCUUUCUACGCGCGGCAAAAGCAUUUAGCCGAAGUUCACAACGAAGAGUUAAAGAGAUACAAGUGCAAAGCGUGCCCGCAGAGUUAUAUAACUCCGGGACAUCUGUCGAGUCACGUACGGAGGGACCAUUUGAACGAAAGGAAUCACAAGUGCGAUAAGUGCGAUUUAGCUUUUUACACUAAGAAUGCACUUAAAAUGCACAUGAUAAAACAUGAUGGGGAGAGAAUACACACGUGUCCUGUUUGUCAAAAGUCGUAUCAAAGGAAAAAGACGUUGAGAGAGCAUUUAAGGAUACAUAAUAAUGAUAAAAGGUUUAUUUGUCCUGUGUGUGGAAGGGCGUUUACGCAAAAAUGCACCUUGAAAGGUCACCUUAAGGUUCAUGAUAGGAAAGUCGAGUUGGAUGAUGUGGUUGUGCCAUUACAGUCUAUUUAAUGUUUUAUUUAUUAAUGAUAAAUUUAAUUUUUUAGAUAAUUUCGUCGGGUGUGAAAGUGUCCGUAGCAUGAUAGGACGUUUUCGGUCACUGAAAGUGUAUAUUUGUGCAAUAUAUAAAUGUGUAUGUAUAGAUAAAUAUUUAAAACUGAUAGGCCUAUUAGAAUAAUUACUCAUUUAUUUUGUAGUAUUUUCUUUGGGACCAUUUUUGUUCUAACAAUAUGUAUAUUUUAUAAAUUAAUUAAAAUAAUCAAUUCUGACAGAAUAACUAUACAUACGUGACAUCACAGUUUUUUUUAAUAACAAAAUUAAACAUCACAUCACCGCAUUUAUUUUACUUUAGUUAAUGAUGAAAUUGAACUAUUACCUACAUAUUUUUUUAUAUGUAAUAGUUUAAAGCAAUGUCCCCUAAUGGAAGAUCGAAAAAAAAGUUGUCCAGUUGGACCAGUAGACCUAGAUUAAUGGGCAUCAUGUCAUUGACAUCCUGUGUAAUUUGUUAAAUAUUAUGUGCAAUAAUUAAAAACGGUUGUAAUAUUACUUAUAUUAUUAUUUUAAAUUAUAUUUUGCAACUUUUCAACUUACGAUUUUUGCGUGAAGUUCUUAAGAAUUUCUAUUUAUGAUGUUAUGGAUCCGCUCUUUACCAGAAUGGCUGCGCCAUACUUCUUUACAAAUGAAUCAUUAUUGAAACCCUAAUAAAAAAAAGUAUUUCAGAAUGGAUUUAGUUUUCAUUAAUUUAAUAUUGCUAAGGGAUCUUUUAUUUACGUAUUCAAUUGUUGUAGUUAUUAAAAAAUAUAAGUAUCUUUCCUAUUUUGUUGUAUUUUUAAUGAAGAUUUGUUUAUUUAAUUGUAGAGUGUGUUAUAACCAGCUAUUUACCUAUACUUUGCAGAACUUGACUUCUUUCUGAGACUCCCAUUUACUGUUAUAGAAAAAUAUCUAAAAGAAAGAGUUUUGUAAGGACAUUUAUUCUAUAUUUUUAGGUAGAACAGAAACAAAUUGUUACUGUAGAUAAAACUUUAUUAAAGAAAAAUACCAAGAAAAAGAACAUGUAUGUUGAUUUUAAAUACUUUUGGCUAUGAAAAGUACGUUUCUUAUGAAUGAUCUCUACAUAAUUCUAAAAUCUAAUUACAUAAAUUACUUAACGUCUUUUCAGCUUAAUUGACGAAUAAGAUGGCAAAAUAGUGGAGUAUAUUGAUCAACGAUUAUAUUAGGUAUUA